CUAUUGCACAAGAUUUCUGGUUCCUCCUAACUAUGAGGCACUAUUUGGUUAUGCUUGACGGUAAUUUUGGCGCUUUAUUUCAACUAGAAUGCACGCAGGACAUGUUUGGUCAUUUGAUAUUUUUCUUCUCUCCUACGGCUACUUGUUCUUUAUUUGUUUCUAAUCAUUUUGCUGCUCUCAAGAGAUGCUUACCAUAUUCUCGCUUGGUUCAUCAGUGACCUCAUCCAUUUGGUUUGGUGUCAAAAGAGAAAGGGCCUCCCAACCAAGUUUCAUGUUCAUCUUAUCGGCUCUAGCUGUGAUCUUGUAGAUAUUGCUGCAUGUGGAACAUAUUUUAGCGUUUCCUAAGUUGGGUUCUAGAGUGGUUGCACUCUGUUAUACCAAGGUAGACUUGCUGGCUUGUUUUUAAAUGGUUGUCAUACCAGCAUUGUUUUCUCCCAGCAAAUUACCAGCUGCAGCAUUUUGUUCUUACAUGUGACAGAGAACCGAGGAUGUUGCAUGUUGCUGUCUGUAACCAUAAGCAAUUUUUUGGCUGCUGUGACUCUGAUUGAGUUGCUGGGUUUAGCUGAGCCACUGAGGUCUGAGGUGAUAUUUUGACUGCUGUUACUGUUGCCUCGAGUGCCAGUUUGGGCGUUCGACGCCUACGGUCUGUUCGAAGUGCUACGGUUUUGUUGUGUUACCCCGUGACAGGUUUCUUCAAUGUUAAGCAUCAUUUAGCAUGCUCUUGUUUUCUCAAACCGUUUGUCUCCAUCUCUUCGACCUGGUUUGAAUAAUUAUACACUUUUGGUUGUACGUGUGCAGGGCUGCAUGCAGGCUGGCUGGGAGUGUGUACGCUCUCGCACACCCGCGCCUUCUUAAAUCCCAGACCACAUCGGCAGUGACGCCGGCGAGCUGCAGGGAGUGACGGGCAGAAAUGGCGGCCUCCUCCCACUCUGCCGUCAUCUUGGUGCUGCUGUUGCUCCUCCUCGUCGUGGCGUUCGUGCCCGCACCGGCAGCAGCAGUGAGCCCCUCCAAGCGCCCCACCCAUCAGCCUCCCUCUUUCCCUGCCGGAAUCUCUACCCUGCGGCAGCUGGCUGCAAGCUCGAGCAGCGGGUACGCCACUGCGGCGAAGCCGUUCACGGCGCAGUACUUCCUGCAGGAGCUGGACCACUUCACCUUCACGCCCAACUCCUCCCGCGUCUUCUCCCAGAAGUACCUCCUCAACGACACCUUCUGGCGGCGGAAGCCCACCGUCGGGCCGCUGUUUGUGUACAUGGGCGGCGAGGCCGACAUUGAGUGGUUGGCCACCACCACCGGCUUCAUGUUUGACAUCGCGCCAGAGUUCGGGGCUCUCAUCGUCUUCAUCGAGCAUCGGUUCUACGGGGAGUCAAAGCCGUUCGGGAAUGACUCAUACAAGUCAACUGACAUGCUGGGCUACCUGACGUCCACACAGGCGCUCGCUGACUUUGCCAUCCUCAUCACCAGUCUCAAGCAGAACAUGUCCAUUGUUGACGCCCCCGUCGUCGUCUUCGGCGGCUCUUACGGCGGCAUGUUGGCUUCAUGGUUCAGGUUAAAGUAUCCCCAUGUCGCCAUGGGAGCCCUGGCGUCCUCUGCACCCAUCCUGCACUUCGAUGACAUCACCCCGUGGUCAAGCUUCCAUGACACCGGCUCACAGGACUUCAAGUCCGAGAGCCUGAAUUGCUUCAGUGUCAUCAAGGCAGUCUGGCAUGUGCUAGAUAAAAGGGGAUCCAACGACACUGGGCUCUUGGAGCUCAGCAAAACCUUCAGGGCCUGCAAGACCGUGCAGUUCAUUUAUUCGCUGAGCAGCUGGCUACGGACAGCGUUCAUCCACACAGCCGUGAUGGACUAUCCAACCCCAGCAAAUUUCUUGACGAAUCUGCCUGCUUACCCAGUCAGGGAGAUGUGCAAGAUCAUCGAUUCUUUUCCUGCGGGAGCCGACGUCAUCGACAAGGCUUUCGCUGCGGCGAGCAUGUACUACAAUUACACAGGCGACCAGAAAUGCUUCCAGGUGGAGGGUGGCGAUGAUGACCCUCAUGGCUUCAAAGGAUGGGGCUGGCAGGCCUGCACAGAGAUGGUCAUGCCGAUGACGGUGUCGAACGAGAGCAUGUUCCCACCAUCCAGCUUCAGUUACGAGAAGACGUCCGAGAACUGCCUCGCGGGCUACAAAGUUCUUCCGAGGAUGCACUGGAUCACUUCUGAAUAUGGUGGCCAUAAAAUUGACAAGGUUCUCAAGAGGUUUGGGAGCAACAUCAUCUUCUCCAAUGGGAUGCCAGACCUGUGGAGUGGAGGCGGGGUACUCAAGAACAUAUCAUCCAGCAUCAUUGCUCUUGUCACGGAGAAAGGGGCCCAUCAUUUGGACGUCAGAUCUGCAAAUCUCCGCGAUAAUCCAGACUGGAUUGUAGAACAAAGGAGACAGGAAGUUGAGAUCAUACAUGGAUGGAUAGACCAGUAUAACAAGGACAUUGCACAGAUGUAG